AUCAGCAGACAAAGCAGCCCCGGGGAGGGGGAAGGCAGGGCAGUUCCCAAAGAGGCCCAGGACCAGACUGUCCACAGUCCACUGGGCUCUGCAGCAGAGGCUGGAGCAGUGGUGGCCAACUCCAACAUGUCUCUGCAGAGGCACAGAGUGUCCUUCAGGGGGGCCAGGUCGGCGUCCUCCCUGGACAGCCCCCCAGCCUCCAGGCCCAGUGCCCGCUGCAGCCUUGCUCGGGCACCCAGGGUUUAUGUAGGGACCACACCUGCUGGAUGCACAGCUGGCCUGGGUGCCCGGGUCACCCGCCGGGCCCUAGGGAUCAGCAGUGUCUUCCUACAGGGCCUGUGGAGCUCGGGUCUGGCCGCCGGGCCUCCUCCAAGCCUGGAGAAGGACCUGGAUGCGGGCGAGGACCUGGGAGACUGCCUGGUGGAGUACAUGGCCAAGGUGCACGCCCUGGAGCAGGGCAGCCGCGAACUGGAGGCACAGCUUCGGACAUACCUGGAGGGCAAGGCAGCACGCUCUGAGGGCUGGGGCACCCUCAGGGCCUCCUGGGCCAGCAGCUGCCAGCAGGUGGGUGAGGCCGUCUUGGAGAACGCCCGGCUUAUGCUGCAGAUGGAGACCAUCCAGGCUGGAGCCGACGACUUCAAAGAGAGAUAUGAAAAUGAGCAGCCAUUCCGCAAGGCAGCAGAAGAGGAGAUCAACUCUCUGUAUAAAGUCAUCGACGAGGCAGAUGUGGCAAAACUGGACCUGGAGCAUCAGCUAGAAAGCCUGAAGGAAGAGCUGGGCUUGCUGUCAAGGAGCUAUGAGGAGGAUGUGAAGGUUAUGUACAAACAGUUGGCAGGGUCUGAGCUGGAACAAAUGGACGUUCCUAUUGGCAGUGGUCUGGACGGCAUCCUUGAGACUAUCAGGAUUCACUGGGAGAAAGACGUGGAGAAGAACCGCGCGGAGGCAGGAGCUUUCCUUCAAGUCAAGCAGCAGGCCGAGGCAGUCCGUGAGGCCCCCACCCAGGAAGAGAAGCUGGCCGCUGCGCUCCGGGUAGACCUGCACCAUGCUUCCUGCCAAGUGCAAAACCUCCAGGCUGAGACUGAAUCCUUGCAGGCCCUGAAACGAGGACUGGAGAACACCUUGCACGACGCCACCCACUGGCACGACCUGGAACUGCAGAACCUGGGCGCGGUGGUGGGCAGGCUGGAGGCUGAACUCCGCGAGAUGCGCGCCGAGGCUGAGCAGCAGCAGCGCAUGCGCGAGCUCCUGCUGGCACACAAGGGCCAGCUGCAGAAGGACGUGGAGGCCUGCCACGCCCUGCUGGACCGCGAGGAGAGCUGCUAAUGGGAACUUCUCUGCAGGAAGAAAAUGCUGUCUUCUUCACCAAGUGGCCAGCAGCUCUACCUUGAGGCACUUUCCCCUGAGCUUCCUUGAUUCCCUGCUGAAUUCCUUGACUAAGCUCACUUGUGCUGAAUUGAAAACGGCUGUAGAUAGAGUGAUUUCCCCUUCCCUCUCCAAAUAAAUCUGUGUG